CUGUCUUUGAUUUGAGGGCGAAGAAGGGUUAAAUGGAGCAGCAGAAGGUAGCACUUGCAUUGGCAGACGUUAAGCAUCUACAAGCGGCGCUGUCGAAAGAGGCUAAGAACAAGUUGGAUCUGUACUUGCCGAACGCAGACGAUAAAGAUGCCUUGAAGAGUAAAGUCUUCUCUCUGGUUGAUGAUUUCAUCUACGAGAUAUUCGAACGCAGUAAAGAUGGGAUGGAGAUUGACGGCAUGGAUCGGUCUGUCAGUCUAAGGUCGAUGCUUGAGAAUCCAACAAACGAAGUUGAGCCUUUUGACUUUGCACUACAGGAGGAGGUGAGGAAGCUGUACCAGGAGGUUGAAGAUGAGACGAUGAGACUCACGAAGCUUCGUAGGGAAAAACCACAAUCUUUAAAGAGAAGCUAUGAAGAGAGCUUUAACAGCUCGAUGGAGAAGCUACACUCCUUAGAGAGGGAAAUCGAAGCGUUGGAGGAGGAGGAGGACUCGAGGGAUACCGAACUGGAUGCACAUAUGGAUAAAGUGCAAAGCCUAAGACCGAAAUUGGAUGAAAUGACAAGGGAAUACGCAGAUUCCCUUCAUUCCUUAAAGGAGAUCAGAGAUGAAAUACCCAAACAGAGAGACGAACUGAGUAAGUUGAAUCAGAUAACCAAGUUCAUCCUGGAGAAGAAAUGAUUCGGUCCUUGGUUCUUAACGUGUAAGGAGUUGCCAUGCUGCUGGCUCAAAAUUGUAAACUUCCUAGAGCACCGUAUAACCGUGGUAAUGUUAUGAUAAUGAUAUUCAUUAAAAUGUUGUUCCAUC